CUCCGCUUUUUGUUCUCUCUUCGCCCCUCGCUCAUCUCUUACAUUUCUUCACACCAAAAAAAAGGGGGCUUUCUCUCUCUCUCUCUCUCUCUCUCUCUCUCUCUCUCUCUCUCUCUCUUCCUCCAUAAUUAGGGUUUUGAAAUGUGGAGGGAGAAUGGACGGCUCUGAAAACACCGUUUCAAUUCCCAAUGAAGAUGAGUUAGGGUUAGGGCUCCGGCCUUCGUCUCCUCCCCAGCCUGAUGUUGAGAAGCUCAACCAGGAAUUCCUGUCUCUAGUGUUGGAGCAACACGAGCCUGUUGUUGAAUCUCUCGCUUUGGAGCAACAUGAGCCUGUUGUUGAAUCUCUCGCUUUGGAGCAACAUGAGCCUGUUGUUGAAUCUCUCGCUUUGGAGCAACAUGAGCCUGUUUUUGAAUCUCUCGCUUUGGAGGAGAGGGAGGAGGAGAAGGAGGAGGAUGAGGAGAGUGAAUCCAACGGUGAGGUGAAAGCAAGUGAUGAUGAGGAGGAGCAGUGCGAGAAUCUUGAGGACGAAUCGGCGGCCAAGGAUGACAAGAGUGCCAGGUUUCAGUAUCCGGUGAGGCCGGAUGCGGUGGACUGUUCCUUUUAUCUUCGGACUGGGACGUGUAAGUUUGGAUCCAAUUGCAAGUUCAAUCACCCGAUUAGAAGGAAGAACCAGGUUGCUAAGGAGAAGGUGAAGGAAAAGGAAAAGGAAGAAUUUCCAGAAAGGCCAGGGCAAACAGAAUGCAAGUAUUACCUGAGGACAGGGGGAUGUAAGUUUGGAAAAGCUUGUAGAUAUAAUCACACGAAGGCUAAACCUUCUGCAGUUCCAGUUCUAGAGCUCAACUUUCUUGGCCUGCCAAUCCGAAUGGGAGAGAAAGAGUGUCCCUACUACAUGCGGACUGGCUCAUGCAAGUAUGGAGCAAACUGCAGGUUUAAUCAUCCUGAUCCUACAGCUGCAGGGGGAUAUGAACCUCCUUCAGGAUAUGGAAAUGGGGGAUCUGUUCCAUUACAAGGUGCAUCACAAUCAAAUAUGGCAUCUUGGUCUUCACCAAGAGCAUUGAAUGAGCCUGCUCCAUUUGUGCCUAUCAUGUUUUCACCAACUCAAGGUGUUCCUCCCCCAAAUCCUGAAUGGAAUGGAUAUCAGGCUCCUCUGUAUCCACCACCACCACCAGAAAGGAGUAUGCAUCCCCCUCCAGCAUUUGUUAUAAACAAUACAGCAACGGAUGCCAAUGUAUAUGGUCAUCAUCAACAGCAACAGCAAUCGCUUAUUGAAGACUUUCCAGAACGGCCUGGUCAACCUGAAUGCUCUUACUUCUUAAAGACUGGGGACUGCAAAUUUAGGGCUGCAUGCAAAUAUCACCAUCCAAAGAAUCGAAUUCCAAAGUCACCUCCAUGCACCCUCAGCGACAAGGGUCUGCCAUUAAGACCAGAUCAGAAUAUCUGCACCCACUACAACCGCUAUGGCAUUUGCAAGUUCGGACCUGCCUGUAAAUUUGACCAUCCAGUAAAUUAUGGCAACUCGGCCUCGGCCCCUUCAGUUGAGUCUGGCCAAGACCAGCCCCCACCUUUUGGGGGCUCUGUCACUGCUGAUGGGGUCAGACCUGGCAGUGGGAACGGAAACGAGAUUCUAAUCCAGCAGCCUGUCUAAGACUUUUUGCAUUAAGGUGCUUCUUAAUGUUUUAAAGGAUUUAGUUAACAAGGAUUUUGGGGUUUUUUUUUUUUUUUUUUUUUUCGUUUUUGUUUUUUCUCCUCUUGUAAACUUAAAAAAAAAAUUUCUAUUUAUCUCUUCAGUUGAAGCUGCCACAAGCUUUUCAAAGGAUGGCAAUUUUAUAACGUGUUAUGUUACUACAAAGCUUAAGCAAAAUCAGAAUGUGUAAAUUAUUCUA